UCUCUUACUGACUCGCUCAGACUCUCUCUUACUGACUCGCUCAGACUCUCUCUCUAACUCUCUCUUGCCUCUCUCUCUUACUGACUCGCUCUGACUCUCUCUCUCUCUCUGACUCUCUCUCACUCUCCUACUCUCUCGCUCUGACUCUCCCUCUCUCCUACUCUCUUGCUCUGACUCUCUCUCUGACUCUCUCUCCUCUCUCUUACUGACUCGCUCUGACUCUCUCUCUCUCUCUCUCUCUCUCUCUCUCUCUCUCUCUCACAAACACACUCUCACACUCCUUCCAUCUCUCUUUCACUCGCUCUCUAAGCUGUCUAUGCUCUUCUUCCUUCACAUCAGUUCUGGUGCAUGUGGAUUAUUGUGCUUCUAGAAUGAGGGUUUAUUUGAACCUCCUCUGGGGAAGAUAGAAGAAGUUCCGCAGACCUCUCCACUCUGACUGAUGCUUGCCCUUCUGUGUAACCUUCCCCACCUUUCGUCUUGUGCAAGACUAUCUACUUCUACCUCUUCCAUUGAAACCAUCUGCCAACCAUGUAUUCCUUUGACGAUUUCGGUGAACAGAGUAUCUGCCAAGCCCGCGCCUCAGUCAUGGUGUACGACGACACCAGUAAGAAGUGGGUUCCAAUCAAGCCGGGCCAGCAGGGCUUCAGCCGCAUCAACAUCUACCACAACACGGCCAACAACACCUUUCGCGUGGUCGGGGUCAAGCUACAGGACCAACAGGUAGAGGUGGUGAUCAACUACUCCAUAGUGAAGGGGCUGAAGUAUAACCAGGCCACGCCCACCUUUCACCAGUGGCGCGAUGCCAGGCAGGUUUACGGCCUCAACUUCGCCAGCAAAGAAGAGGCCACCACCUUCUCCACCGCCAUGAUGUUCGCCCUCAACACGCUCAGCUCGCAAGAUGGAGGCCCUGCUGUCCAACGCCAAAAUGGGCCCUCCUCAGAGGACCCUGAUGUACCGAGGAGGCAAAUGAUGGAGCCGCAUCAGAUGCAGGGAGUGGUCCACAAAGAGAGGGAGCGACGGACGUCUGGCUCAGUUGUUUCCACCCUCCAAUAUAAGGUGUCCUCCCCUCCCUCUCACCCCUCCAACACCCCUCUUGAGUAUAGACACUAUCGGGCCGCCACACUGCCGCCCUCCUAUGCCCGAGUGGCCUCCAACUCCUCCCCUUCCUCCUCUUCCUCUUCCUCCUCCCAGGAGAGAGAGGUGGCGGGUGGACGGGCUGGCGACAACUCUCCCCAUCUCUCCCAGCUCUCCACCUCCCUGGUCUCGGCCUUCUCCCCCGUGCAGCCAGGGGUGCCCACGGCCCUGACCCGGCAGGUGCGCCAGAUCCCCCUCUCUCCCCCCACGGUGCGGGCUCUCCACCACACCAAGUCCCUCCCCCAGGGUGACCCCCAGCAGGACCCUGUGCUGCUCCCCAAACACGGCACCUGGUCCACCUCCCACACCCACAUAUACGGCCCUGUGCACAUGCCCCCCGUGCCCCAGCCUGUCCUCCCAGUGGCCCUCCCUCUGCCGCCCCGCCACAGCCGGGUCAAGCCCCACCCCCUGGACCAGGCCGGCCAACCCCAUAUCCCGCCCCACCUCCCCCAUGCCAAUGGCCAAUCAGAGGACUAUUAUAACCUCGCUCAGCAGCAACAUCAGCAGCUAGGUUACUGCGAGGCUACCUCCUUGCCCCCUCUGAUUGGUCAGUCUGCGCAGGGCCCAGUCUCCUCCAACCAACCCCAGUACCCCUCCUCAUUCCACCCCCAGCCACAGAUAUCCCAGGCCAUGCCCCCACCACCACCAGCAACCCAGCAAUUCUCUCCCCCCUCAUACACCCCAGCCCCAUCAGAGUGGGGUUCACCCAACCAGACACCCUCUCCCGUCUCUCAGGCUGCCACGGCAACCUGCAGUCCGGUUUCUCUCCCCGCCGUGCUCGCUGUGGCCCCACCGGUGGCUCCCCCUGCCCCUAUGGCACCUAUGGCCCCCCCUCCUCCACCGGGCCCCCCGCCUCCGGCCACAGUGCCACCGCCCAUGCCCCCCCCACUACCGGUUGGUGGAGGGCAAGGAGGGCUUCAUUUAGAGGGGGCAGGGAACGAGCUGGCACAGCCACUCUCAGGUCUGGCUGCUGCCCUGGCUGGAGCCAAACUCCGCAAAGUUGCAAGGGAUGAGAACAGUCCACCAGGAACAAGUGUAGCCAAGAACGAUGGCAACCGCUCCAGUGGAGGGGAGGGGCUAAUGCAGGAAAUGAACGCCCUUCUAGCACGCAGACGGAAAGCCUCAGAGAAACCUGAAGAGGAGGAUCCCAAGCCAGGGCAGAACUCCACAGAUGCGGGGAAGAAUCCAUGGGACCGAGCCAACUCUGUAGACAAGGCCUCACUGGUAUCAAGGGUGCGACCCGUGGGCAGCACUAGUGAGGGAGACCUAGACUUCGACAGGAUGAAGCAGGAAAUCUUGGAUGAAGUUGUACGUGAAUUGCAGAAGGUGAAAGAUGAGAUCAUUAAUGCCAUUAGACAAGAAAUUGGUCGAAUCCAUACAUGUUAAUCUGUGGACAAGAGGAUGUGCUGGAGCAUGAAGGAUUAGAAGGUGUGCUGGAAAGGAAUGUUCUCAACAUUUCUGUGACGAGGUGAAAAUAUUGCUGUGACGCUGCAGAAAGGUUGAGCCAACAUUGAGUCUGCUGUGCAGAACAGAAAGGUGAAGAAGAAGAAGAAGUUGGAGAAAGAAAGUGAAUGAGAGAGAAAAUAAUGGUCAAAUGAACAAAGGAUGGACGGAAGGAUGGAUAGACGCUUGCACCUUUUUCAUUUUUUUCGUCCCCAUUUCUGUGCAUUUCGAGACAGUCCAGUUUGCAGCUCUCAGUCUGUUCUAAGUCUUAUAAUAGAAAAUAUUUUUGUUUUCUUAAGUUUUUACUGUUUUAUUAUUAUUGUUUUUUUAAACUGUGAUUAUUUUAUUAUUCAUACCAUCAUAUAUAUAUAUAUAGAGAGAGAGAGACAAAAGACAAACUGUUGUUCUUCAUUGGCGGGUUCUAGAGGAAACUUGCACACCAAUUACAUCAGCCUUUUAGAUUUGAUAUGAUUUACUUUAUCCUUGGGUGUUUGACCAGCACAUAUGGCACAUACUAUGCUUUAGUCACCUGACCUCAGUUUUUAAAAAGCUUUUUAUCUAUUUACCAGUAACAGGGCAGUGUUCAUUGGGCCCCAAAUGGAAGAAAACUGACAAACGGGGAGGGAGUACCGUUCUCCAUUGUAAAAAGUUUUUAAAAUAUGUUCCAUUUUGUGCCCUAAUAAACACAACCCCGGUGUAUAAAAAUCACUGUAAUUUUGGGAUCAUUCAAAAAACGUACCAACAACUGUAAAUUCACCAUCUACGUAUUCCCAAAAUAGAUCAAAUGAUCCCUAGGCUGCCCCUACGAAACCCAUACAGUAGUCUAUAUCAGAGUUGUCAAACGCUAGUCUUCAACAAGGUCCGGAGGGCCGCAAUGAAAAUUAGUUACAUUUCCUUGCUGUCAAAAUCCCCCCCCCCAAAAAAAAUUGUCUUCGAUGCUGCCAUAUUGUCUAGCUUUCAUUUUGGUGAUUUAAAAAAAAAAAUUAUUUCACCUUUAUUUAACCAGGUAGGCAAGUUGAGAACAAGUUCUCAUUUACAAUUGCGACCUGGCGAGUUGGACACAGUCAAGAAACAGUAUGAACGUAGGUCCAUUAUCAUUUAUACACAGUUUUGACUUGGUUUUAGUCAUUUUUGUAUAUUGAGUCCCCCCCCCACACCUAAAAAAAUAAAAAAUAUGCAAAAAAAAUAUUUUUGGUUUUUACUCAAACCACCCCUCACGGGCUGGAACCCCUCACGGGCAGGAACCCCUCACCCCUCACGGGAUUGGAACCCCUCACGGGCCGGAACUCCUCACCCCUCACGGGCCGGAACUCCCCCCUCACGGGCCGGAACCCCUGUCCCCUCACGGGCCGGAACCCCUCUCCCCUCACGGACCGGAGCCCCUCACCGGCCGGAACCCCUGUAUAUGUUUGACACCCCUGGUCUAUAUGGUUUAGUCCGGUGUAUUAACCAUGCAUUUUGUUUUUAAAUUGGGUUUUCAAAAUGGUGGUACAUUUACAAUGGUGGUUUGUUUUUUUGUGAAUAUCCUCCUUGCUAUUUAAAGUAACUGUCCAGUUUUCAAUGAAACAUGAUCUAUAAUUACAAUAUGAAUGAAAUACUUCAAUUACAAAAAGCAUGUUAAAAAGCAGCUUUUCUGUGUUGGAAUGGUGUGGGCGUAUCUUAACAACAGAAUGGUGUGGGUGUAUGCCGAUCAUUAAAAAUAUUCACGCGAGUAAACCGCUGAUUGGCCAGCUCAGCCAAUGAGGCAGGAUGACAUCAUUCUCUAUGAGGAAAUAGCAUUUUUUUUAUUCGAUCCGUUUGAGAUACAAGUUUGAGGUGGGGUUUUUGUUAAUGUUUUUUUUCUCUCCAAUUUAUGCUUUGGCCACAUACGAGUGUAGGAUGAGUCAUCAACAUUAUUUGGGUAUGGGUUAACAGAAUAUUAACUUUUAAAAGUGAGAUUUUCACUGGACAGUUACUUUAAGGUUGAACUUGAAUUUGAUAUGUGAAAAUGGAGCCAGUUGCAAAAUAAAUUAAAAGUAUACAUAAAUCAAUUCAAAAGUUUUGUGUGAUGAAAGGAGAAAAAAAAUAUUGGGGGAAAAUAUGAUUUAAUAUCGGUUGUGACAUAUUCACUUUGACUAAGUUCUGAAUUAAAUUUCAAAAAUCGGAAAGUAAAUUAAUUUAAACCAAACCAUA